AUGGCCGACUUAUAUAAAAAUGAGUACUUGUUGCAAGAAAUUCUAAACAAAAUCAAGUUCUAUCUCGGCCUUCUUAUGGAUAUUCCACCGAAGCUUCUAAAAUACGGAAUCCUUAACGAGGUUUUUGUUUUUAUUUUAACAUUGCUUUCUGGAAAAUCUUUUGCGGAAUUAGAUGAUGUCACGGAAAGAGAAAAACAGUUGGAGAUGAAUCUAUGGGUAAAUUACGAGUACAAUGGACUGAUUUUGCGUGGGUCAUACUGUAAUUCCAAAGAUUUUAAUAGAGAGUUGAUCGAAUUGAGAAGUUUACUUGGUAUGACAG